AUGACUUGCCUUUCAAAUCUUGGAUUGACAUUAGUCAAUGUACUAUUGUUUAUCCAAACUCUCAUCUCAUUAAACCCAACUCAAAUCAAAUCUUAUUGCACUUUGACUUCGCCUGAUCAAUCUUCUUUUUUAACUCUAUCAACUCCUGUUUGUCGUAAUGAUCCAUUACCGAUCACUAGAACCAAGUACAGUCUAUUAAAUGAAUUUCAGUCCCAGAUCUCUACUACAGAACACGCGUUAAGCACUGAAGAAAGUGAUGAGAUAUUUAAAUUUGUAGUAGAAGAAGGAACAGAAGAUUUAAGAACAAACCAAUCGAUCAAAUCAAUCAAAACUGGAAUUAAACAAUCUAGAAAUGAUCUUUCAUUACUUUCAAUGAAUGAACUUCAUCAGUUAGAGCAAAAACCUUCAUCAGCACCGGAAAUCAAACUAGAUCAAGGGAAUUGA